AUGAUAGCGGCCGGAGACACUGAGGCGUGCACGGGCCCAGUGAAGCCUGACCCCUGUGAGGACCCCGGCGCACACCACGACGCAGGCACAGAUACCAGCUACAGCGUACUGACUCCAUGUUUAUUCUCCUCUCUCUCUGUCACAGGGGCCACCAAAGACAUGGGGAAGAUGCUGGGAGGCGAAGAGGAGAAGGACCCCGACGCCGCCAAGAAAGAAGAAGAGAGACAGGAGGCCCUCAGGCAGCAGGAGGAGGAGAGGAAGGCCAAGUACGCACGCAUGGAGGCCGAGAGGGAGAGCGUGCGCCAGGGCAUCCGAGACAAGUACGGCAUCAAGAAGAAGGAGGAGAAGGAGGCUGAGGCGGCUGCAGCCAUGGAGCAGGCCUCCGAGGGCAGCCUGACCCGCCCCAAGAAGGCUGUCCCGACCGGGUGUGGGGACGAGGAAGAGGAGGAGAGCAUCGUGGACACCGUCAUGAAGUUCAUCCCCACCCCGCUCAUGGACAUGUUCAGUAAAAAGUAA